AUGGUCAAGACAGAGCCAGUCGAGAACAUUGAUCACAGUUCCAUAGACAAGGGUAUCAAGCAAGAGCCCGACGCAGAAGCUUUCACCGGUGAAAACACCGCUUUUCACGCUAGCAGAUCUUUCGUCAAGCAACUAGAGGAGAGGAAGGAAGAGUUACAGUCGAAAGCACUCAAAGGUGCUCUGAGCACGGAAGACUUCUCAGAGAUGUGCCAGAUCAUCGCUCAGCUCAGCCAGGUUCAAGGAGAAGUCAAAAUCAGCAACAACGCGCCAGUGGCGGUACCAUCUCCUCCCGCUAAUCUGGAUCAAGAAUCAGUUGAAGGCAACGAGAAGAAAUCGAAGAAGAAAUCGAACUCUCGCAUCAAAAGUGCGGCGGAGUACUGGGCUCGACAAGAAGAGAAGGACCGCAACCGCGAUGCGAAAGGACAGAAGAGAUCCGGAGCAUCUCAACGCAGUUCACGCGCUACCAAAAGCGCGAGGACUUCGAACAAUGCAAGUAUUGCUGGAGAUGAGAGAGAGAACAAAAGAAUUGAGCGCCAGAUCGAAGCGUUGCUUCGUCCAACAGAUGCGAUCCAGGAACGAGCGCAAGCAGGUGACUUGACAGCUGCGCCAAUCAUCAUCGCGACCACGAGAGCAGACCAACUGAAGAAGAUGAGAGAAGCUGCACCUGAGUACUUUGAGCCCAAGUUUUUAGAUCGUCAGAAAAGAGAGCUUCUGGAAGCAACCAAGGCUUGGGGACCGCGCGCUGUCCGCGCCAAAGACGGCUUCUGGGAGGUCAAAGGCCUGCAGUCUCUGAUGCACCACCAUCAACUCAUUGUUGGCGCUUGGAUGAUGGGUUGUGAGCUCAAGGCAACGCCCAAAAUGCCCAGAGGAGGCAUUCUUGCUGACCCCAUGGGCUUAGGAAAGACCAUCGAGACCCUUUCCUGCAUUGUGGGCAACCAGGCGUCGGAGAUGCUCCAAGAAGACGGGAAGGGGGCAACACUGGUGGUUGUUCCUUCAGGACAGAUGAUCAGUCAAUGGAUGUCCGAGGUCAAGAAGCACUGCGACAAAAAGUUCUCCAAGAACAUCAUUCAUUUCAAAAUCGGUAACAAGAUGGAUAUUGAGCAGUUAUCUUCCUUCAACAUGGUGUUCGCUAGCUACCAUCAAAUCCGGGACAGCAUUCCUCAUUCCAAGGAGAGGCUUGAAAUGCUGAAGAAGAUUGUCGACCCAGAGAAAUACCAGGAGUGGCUGCAAGAAUCCACCGGUGUCUUGCAUCAAAUUGAGUGGCACCGCGUGGUGCUUGAUGAAGCUCAUGCGAUCAAAAAUCACCUCACUCACUCUGCAUUCGCGUGCUUCGAACUCAAAGCAAAGCACCGCUGGGCAGUUAGCGGAACACCGCUCAUCAAUGCAGCGACUGGUGAGUCUGAAAUAACGUCGUCAGAUGAUAGGAGAGACUUCUCAUAUCUCACAGAGUUCUUCUCCUACCUGAAGUUCAUUCGAUGCGACGGAAUCGAGGAGUUCAGCGACUAUGAGAGCGAGUAUCGCCCAGGGCAUGACUUGGAAGCAACUCGGAAACAACUGAAGGACCUCAAAGGCGGUAGCACCGUCUACAACCAGAUCGGCUCUUGGACUCAGAGGCACCAUAUUGCCAGCGAGCGCAUCAGAGAAGUCAUUGAGGAAACAUACCGGCGCAGCCAGCAGCAGAUUUUAGAUGACAGCAAAGAGCUACUCGACGCUCAUGAUAGCCAGACUAUAGAGCCAGAUCACCGCAAUGUCGCUGGCAGAAGUCAUCCCCAGCCCAAGGCCGGCGAGGGUAUUGUCACGAUAGCCGACAACAGCGACGAAGUCGACAGCCAAGACGAGGCAGAAGAGGAUGAGGAUGGCCUGGUACCGGAGAGGUUUCUCCCUCCCAGAGCAGAGCCAGAGAACACAGCGUCCUUGGACGUCGAGGCGGAGGAAGACCGGCUCCGGCCUUUUGGCCGCAGCGAUUUCGGUCUGGCAUUUGACAUGUCUAAGCAACUUACGUACCUCGAAAAGGUCAUGGAGAUGAAGAAAGCCCAAUGCGUCGUUUGUCGCAAAAAGCCCCCGGUGAAUCCUGUCAAGGGAGGAUGUCGCAGGAUUAUCAGCCUUCCGAAACCACUCACGCCGUUCGACGACAACGAUGAUGGAGAUGCAGAGCCUGCCACGAAGGCCCCCAAUGAUAAGGAGUACGCCAAGGGGUUCGACUGCACCGGAUUCCAGCAUACCGAGGAUGACAAGGAUGAUAAACAUGCAGUCAGAUUCCUGCAGGUGGCAGACAGAAAUCCUCAUCUGCCUCUUACUUCCAGUGCUAAGUUAACGGCAUUGAAGGAGACAGUCUUGAGAUGGCAGGCCGAAGCCUCAGACGACAAGAUUAUUAUCUUCAGCCAGUUCAACGUUGCCAUGAAGAUCGUCGGCAGCAUGCUCGAAGCAGAAGGAAUCGACUUUGCCUACCUGAGCGGGAGCCAGACCACCGAGCAGCGCAACAAGGCUGUCGACGAGUUCCAGAACGGCGACAAGAUCAAGGUGCUCAUUGUGUCGCUCCGUGCAGGCGGCCAGUGUCUGAACCUCACAUGGGCAAACCGCGUCAUCCUCAUUGAGCUCUGGUGGAACCACGCCGUGGAGCAACAGGCUUUUGCCCGCGUUUUUCGCAUCGGCCAGAUCAAAGAAACCCAUUUCGUGCGCUUCAUCGUCGAUACGCCGAUUGAGCAGCGCAUGCUGCAGUUGCAGGCUGACAAAAUUCUUUCUAUUGACGCUGCUCUUCAGGAUGACACGACCAGAGCGCCCAAGAUUAGCGUUCAGGAUAUAGCUAGUCUCCUCGGCAAGGUCACGAUGCGAAACGGAGUCAUCCACCACGUCUCGGCCGACUACGAUGAAAAUGAUAGCGACAAAGAAGAUGAGGACGACAGCGACUCUGAUAAGGAAGAUGAGGGAGACCUUGAAGGUUUCGUUGUCCCCGAUGACGAAGAUGAGGAGUUGGAGAGUCGCAGGUCGGCGAUUCGGGAGCAGAUGGGCUCGCUUUCUGAGGAGUCGGAAGAGGAAUGA